CCGACCUAGGCCUUGCUGCGCGGUUUGCGCUUAUCGGACGGCUUAUUCGAACUCGAACACUCGCGCCGAACGGACGUCGGAGGAGCUUCUUCCACAACUAUUCGCGGAUCGAAAGCCGGAUCGCUUCUGGAGAAACCGGAAACCGGAUGGACAUCGUCGAGUACCACUUUGUGAUUGUGAUUUGUCUUUGAUAAAAGUGUGUGUGUUUGUGAGAAAAAUAGAGUGUGGUAUAAGUUGAGUGAAAUUUGAGUAUUUAAGAUACAUUUAAAAAGCUCGAAAUUGGCGCACAGCGAAGUUUUGAAAGAAACUUUUGUCACGGAGUUGCCCACAUUAUUUCUUUUGUGACCAGAACAAAAUAACCCUUGUGCAAAGGGGAUCAUUAAUUAGAACCAGAAAAAAGCACGUGCGAUCGUCGCAGCUUCUUGGAACUGGACCCAGACGACACUAUUGCCUUGUAAUAAACAACAGACCUUUAAGAAGUUGAACAGUGACGACGCCCUGGCAGUCAUGUCAUCGGCCGAAACGACGACGCCCACCGGCUCGAGUGGGAACAGUGAGACCCUUGGCAGUAGCAGCAAUGGUUGCACAACCGAGACGACAACGACGACGACGACCCCCGCCAGCAGUAGCCAGCCCAAGUCACGUGACACCACGCGGGAAGCCAGCUGGCCCUGGGUUCUGUUCUACAUCCACCUGAACAUCCUCGGCGUGUACGGGAUCUUUGUGCUGUUUUCGCACACCUCGGCCAUCACACUCGUGUUCACGGCUUUUUUAACCUUAUGCGGAAUUCUGGGUGCCACUGCGGGAGCCCAUAGGCUGUGGGCCCACAAGACCUACCAGGCGUCCACGCUGCUGCGGUUCGUACUGAUGCUGUGCCAAACGAUGGCAGGACAGGGCUCCAUCUACGAGUGGGUACGACUUCACCGGCUGCACCACGACAAGUUCCGCACCGCCGACGAUCCGUACUACAGCGACAAGGACUUUCUGCACGGGCAGGUGUUUGCCAACAUUCGCAAGCUGAGCCCCCGCCAAGAGCGGCUGCUAGCCGAGGUCGACAUGCGCGAUCUCGAGUCCGACCGGAUCGUCAUGUUCCAGAAGCGGUUCUACUGGCUGCUGUACCCGGUGUUGUUUGUGCUGCUGCCGAUCAACGCCCCCCUGGAAUAUUGGGGCGAUACCGUCCAGGCGGCGAUCUUUGUGGCGUUUUCGUUGCGCUACCUGCUGGUGCUGAACGUGGCCUGGAUGAUCAACUCGGCCCACUUUGUGUGGGGACUGGACAAGAACCACAAGCAGAGCGACUCCAACAUGGUGUUCCUGGUUACGAAGAGCUACUGGCCCCAGUAUCACUACCUGUUGCCGUUUGACUACCAGAGUGGCGAGUUUGGAAGCUACGGUUCCGGUUGCACGACUGCCUUCAUCCGGAUCUGCGCUGCCAUGGGGCUGGCCACCAAGCUGCAAACGAUGACGACGGACGCCGUCAAGCGGGGCCUCACGAUGGCUGUCGACAGUGGCCGACCGAUCGUGGACUGUCUGAAGCAGGCCGGUGCCGAAGACAUGUGCAACCUGCAGCGGGAACACUACCUGAAGAACGAAAGACUACACUAGGGAACAAUAGCAAUCUUUCAACACUACGUAAGGACAGGCGAUUAAUUUAUUCUUUCUCUGUACAACUUUUUUGAUGAAUUGAUGGAAAUACACGACAAAAAAAAAUCUAAAACAAA